UCCUAGAUUUCUGCAACAGUUCCCGUGAUGGCUGCCGUGUGGCGAGCUCGUAAAUUUGUCCGCUGUGUGGUCCGUUUCUCUGACCGUGAUCUGUAAAAACUUCGACCUUACACAUUUCACGCGUCAGAACAAGAGCUCGCAGAUAAAGCAACAUGGCUGAAAGCAACCAAAACGCAGAUGCUGGUUCUGUCGAAGAGGGUGAAGAUGAAAAUUCAGAAGACUCUAAUUUGCAGCUGGAGCUUAAUGCUUUCAGGGCUCAGUGGAUGUCUGAGCUACUUCCCACCUCUGGUGUUAAGAGAAGUCUUUCCAGGGCUGCUGAGCUGAAAAAGAAGCAGGAGCUGGCUAGAGAGGAAAAGGCCCGAGAGCUGUUUCUUAGAGCUGUUGAGAAGGAACAAAAUGGGGCCGUUUAUGAAGCCAUCAAGUACUAUAAGAGUGCAAUGCAGCUUGUGCCUGACAUUGAGUUUAAGAUCAACUACAGCAGAUCUCCUGAUCCAGAUAGAGCUGGUGGGAGCUAUUUGGAAGAGAAUGAGAAUGACGGUGAGAUCGAUGACCUCCUCGCCUACUUCCAGCAGCAGCUGACUGUAGGAUGCUCCUCUCUGAAGAUCUGUGAGCCUGAGGCAGAGACUUCCCAGAUGCACAUUUCCGCAUUGCCGCUGGAAGUGCUGAUGUACAUCUUCCGCUGGGUGGUGUCCUCUGACUUGGACAUGCGGGCUCUAGAGCAGCUCUCCUUGGUCUGCAGGGGCUUCUACAUUUGUGCAAGAGACCCUGAGAUCUGGCGCUCUGCCUGUUUGAAGGUGUGGGGCCGGAGCUGCACUAAAAUGCUGCCGUUUACCUCCUGGAGGGACAUGUUUAUAGAGAGACCACGCGUGCGCUAUGAUGGUGUUUACAUUAGUAAAACAUCAUACAUUCGUCAGGGAGAAGAGUCGUUGGAUGGGUUCUACCGAGCAUGGCAUCAGGUAGAUUACUACAGGUAUCUGCGCUUCUUCCCUGAUGGUCAAGUGAUGAUGAUGACCACACCUGAGGAGCCUUUGGCCACCGUUCCACGUCUACGCAGCAGGAACUCGAGGAUGGAGUCGAUCUUGUUUGGCCACUACCGGCUGUCCCAGGACCCGGACAAUCAAACCAAAGUUUAUGUUGUUGUCUCGAAGAGAAAAGAGGAGAGGGUACCUGACUACCAGCGGAGCCGGUUCUGCAGGCGGAACCCAACCCCUGACACUGACCGCACCUUUCAUGUUGGGCUGCAGUUGUCCUCUGGGGGGCGCCAGCGUUUCAACAAACUGGUCUGGAUCCACCACUCUUGCCAUAUCACCUAUAGAUCAACUGGGGAAACUGUCAUCACCGCAUUUGACUUGGACAAAAUGUACACCCCUUUGUUUUUUGCCCGUGUGAAGAGCUACACUGCUUUUUCAGAGCGCCCCCUGUGAGGUGGUCCAUGAACUGCAUGUAGAACAUCUGCCCACCUAAAUGUUUACGCCCAAAUGUCGCCAUGGAAAUGCAAAGCCCCCUUCUCCUUUCGCUUUGAUGCGCCUCCUUAUGAAUGUAAGCAACAUUUUUGUGAGUAUUUUUAGUAACAUGUAGAGUACCUGUCCAUUUUAACUGAUGUAGGAUGUCACUGAUGUCCCAGUAUAACCUCCAUAGGUACAGUAGAUCUGUUGUCUUCUGGGAUGAAACUAAAGCAGAAGGAACACAGCUGUCUUCUGCUCACUUUAUCCCAAUAAUGAUGGGGGUUUUUUUUUUAAGCGUGAGUGUCUACUUAUGACUUGAACAACCAAAUAAACCAGUUAAAAGCUGUUUAGCUUGCCCCCCUUUUUGUUUUGUUUUUUGUUUUUUUUUUUCCUUCUUCUUCCCCCCACACAGCGCUUUUUACAUAACACUUGCAGUGUAGCUUGAACUCUGCAUGUUUUAAAUUGGGGUUUGUUUGGUUUUUUUUUUUAUAUAAACCUGGCAUCAAAGAUCACUUGCAGCUAUUCAAACUAGUUAAAAGCAUAAGCUGACUUGCGAUUGUCUGGCCAUUUAAUGCAAAUAUCAUUGCAAAGAAGGUCUGUAGGUAAAGUAGCUGGUAGUGAACAUGCAGCACAACUGGUGUAAGUUACAUUUGCAUUUCCAAUCAGAAACCCUCCAAAAUCAAACUCCACUUCUGUGUUGAAAUACCACAGGACUUGCUCAGGCAGAUAUGAUAGUAACAGAUGCAUACAGUACAUUCUGCAACUUGGAGGGGUGCAGAGAGUGUGUAUUUAAAAACUGUCCAGACCUGUCAUGGUAAUUAAACACUUAAACUGCAAUGAGAACCACCAUGGGAAAAAUAGCUUUAUUGACUUAUACAUUGUCCUGUCUCUAUAUAGGACUGACAACAAUAAGCUAAGAAGUUUCAAACUUUCUCGUGCUGUUUUUCAUUUCAAAGUGGAAAACUCAUACACUGAGGUGCUGAACAGUUAGGAAAUGCAAUGUGGGCUGAAUGUUUGUUUGUUUUUCCACAUUCUCGGAUGUAAAACCCAGAAAACUAAACAGUGAAUCCAGAACAUUAAUAAGGACAUGGUGAAAGUAAACUCUAGUCUAAUACCAUGAUGGCUAACAGGGAUGCUGGCUCAGGUAGUUGAAAAGUAGUCAAUAAAUUACAGAUGGCACCAGCAUGAGCAAAGUCCAGUGUGUGGUUGUGCUACGGUAAUGCUAUAAUAUUGGUAUACAAACCCUUUAUUAGUAUAUCAAACCUUUGGCCAUUUUUACAGUCAGUAUAAUGCAUGAUUUACUGUAUACUAGACUGAUAAACUGGAUGUUUUCCUGCCCCAGUGUCAAAAAAGCACAAAUUAAAAAAAAGGACAAAUAAAGGAGAAAUGCAUAAAAAUUUAACAACUUGAAAUGAAUAGAAAAUGUUGCAUUACAAAACAAUUGCUGCAAGAUUUUUUAAAAAAUCACUGUACUUCAGUUUUGUUUGCAAUGUAAUUUUUUUUUUUUUGUGACUGACUGUGGCUUCAUGUUUGUGACAGUUUUCACUUGUCCACAUCUAAGACCCUGUUUUGACUCCAUAACACUGCUGUUGACUUUUUAUGUGGAUCAAGAAGAUUAUUUGUAUAUGAGUUGAUAUGAGUCUGAUAUAAACAACCCAUUGAAAAUUUUA